AAAAAAAGACAAAAAAAUAACACAGGAUUUGUCUUCAUCUUGCUGCUCCACUAUCCCAGCAUCUCUGCACAAAACCUGUCCAACUGCUACCUCUUGUUGCUCUGCACAUUACUCCAAAUCAUUCACCAAAAUGAACACACAAACCUGCAUCAGUGAAAGCACGAAGAAGACGUACCAAAUAAGUUCAAAUCAGUUUCAAUUUCCCCCCUAAAUCAAUUGUCUGCAUCAGUGAAACUCUCAACUUUCACCUCAACGUUCAACCACAACUCACCCUCAACAGCAAUAAUCGAACCUACAGCCUCACCAACAAACACACGAAACUUCACCUCCCUCAAACACAUCGCACCACACCACUCUACAGUAGUCACACACGAUUUGCACACAAAACCCAUAGAAAUCCAGAAGCGAGAAGGACGACGAAGAAGAAAAGAGUCAAGGGCGCUUACCUGAAGGUGUUGAAUCCGCUCCAUCGAGGACUGUAAGGGUUGCUUCCAUGAAAUGUAUCCAUGAGUUACGUGCCUUGUGGUGUCGCAUUGAACGUUCGCAUCCACACUGGGUUCAUUCUGUCAUAAUAUCUUAGUACCUAAAAAUAUGGAAAACAGCACCUUAAAGAUAUAAUGGAAAGCCUCUCAACUUGAUAUGGUCUUUCGUGACUCCCUCGGGUUUCAGUGGUGUAGAUCACGCUACAUAAAAUUAUUUCAAGUGCUGAUGAGGAUCCUCUCCUGCAAAACCAUCAAACUUUAUCAACAAGUAUAUCUAUCUAGAUUUAAGCUCAAAUGGUACAACCAAGGUAGGUUAUUCUCAAUACACAAUGCAUGAUAAUUAAAUAGGGGCAUCUAUCGUACUCCAAUUUUUGCAUCAGUCAUUUUUCAACUAUUUCACAAUCCAUUUGCAAUCCUUUGCAUUGACUGUGUCUGGGUUAAUAGUUGACUGUUUGUGAAGUCCAUUGGCCCAGUCGUUUUGCUAAUCUCGUCGCAUCUAAGCUGUGAUUGAUUUUUGCACCUUGUAUAUCUGAUUUCCUUGCAUCAUGUGUUAAUUGGAUUAAUUGUUAAUUUUAUUAUUAUCGAAAUUAAUAUUUUCUUUAAUAAUUAAAUUUACUAUGAAUUUAUUUAGCAUUGUAAAUAAUAUUUAAUUUCUUCUUCUUAUCUUUUAAUUAAAGAUGCAUUCAAAAUAAGUUUUUUAAUUAAAUUUACAUUAUAGUAAAUAUUUGUAAAUAAGUUUUUUAAUACUUUUUUUACAUUAAACAAAAUAGUACCAAAAAAAAAAAAACACAGGAAAUGUCUUCUUCAUCUUGCUGCUCCACUAUCCCAGCAUCUCUGCACAAAACCUGUUCAAAUCAGUUUCAAUUUUCCCUUCGGUCCCUCAAAACCUCACUCAAUCUCAUCGAUACACACCCCAUACGAAUCUGAGUCCCACUCAAAACGACAAAUACAACACAACCUGCAAAGAAACUCUCAUCCUUCACCUCAACGCUCAACCACAACUCACCCUCAACAGCAAUAAUCGAACCUACAGCCUCACCAACAAACACACGAAACUUCACCUCCCUCAAACACAUCGCACCACGCCACUCUACAGUAGUCACACACGAACUGCACACAAAACGCAUAGAAAUCCAGAAGCGAGAAGGUCGACGAAGAAGAAAAGAGUCAAGGGCGCUUACCUGAAGGUGUUGAAUCCGCUCCAUCGAGGGUAUCUCCGACGUAACCUCAUCUCUAUUUUUGUAACUUGCUUCCGUUUUGCCCGAUAAUUAUUGUAAUAUGUAAUCUGAAUCAAUAUUGAAAGAUCGGGGAUUUAGGAUUUUUGUGGGAUAAGGGUUUCAUUGCUUGUUGCUUGCAUUCGUUGAUUGAACAUCGGGUUUCAUUGCUUGUUGCUUGCAUUCGUUGAUUGAACAUCGUGAGAGAAAGCAAGAUGAAUGAGUGAAACCUUGAGAACAGAGAGUGAUGAGCGGCGAGAGCAUUUCGUUGUCGUUGUUGUUCGUUCAUGUACUAAAAGAGAGCAUUUCGUUGUUGCUGCUAAAGAGUCGACAGAUCUUCAUAUCUUAAUUGGUUUCGGUUGUCCCUUAUUGCCUUAAUCAUUCUUGUCCAGUUCUAAAGAUGAAUACUGCCAGCAGGCUUUGCUGUCCUUGAUAGAAAAGGUCCCCAUAAAUGAUUCUGUUCAUCACGUGGUCACCAAAAUCCUAUCAACUUGUGUGAAACUAUCCCAAAAAGUUGACGACUCAAUAUCUUUGAUGUCAGCUGGAUGGGCAAAAAAGAUUCUGAUAAUUGUUAAUACAAAGUAUCCGUCUGAACUUCGCGGAGCAGUUAAUCAUUUCCUUCAGGUAUGCUGAAAUUUUUGUAUGCUUCUCUUUGUGAGCAAUUAUACGAAAGUCUUAAUAGUCUGAACUCAGCUUGUUAAACUUCAACAGAAUAACAAAUCACAUUCAAAGACAGACGAUUCACUGUAUAAGAUUUUAUGUAAGAUGUUGGAUGGUAAUUUGGAUUAACCAUCUGAUAUCUCAGAGUCUAAAGUUUGGUUUGCCUUGUAUCAUCCAAAGGGAUUUGCCAGUGGUUUUAUUAGAAUUGUCUAAGGAGUUCAACAUUGAAAAGUUUCUUGUUGUUUUAUUGGACUCCCUAAUUAACUGCAGUUCUAAAGAUGAAUACUGCCAGCAGGCUUUGCUGUCCUUGAUAGAAAAGGUCCCCAUAAAUGAUUCUGUUCAUCACGUGGUCACCAAAAUCCUAUCAACUUGUGUGAAACUAUCCCAAAAAGUUGACGACUCAAUAUCUUUGAUGUCAGCUGGAUGGGCAAAAAAGAUUCUGAUAAUUGUUAAUACAAAGUAUCCGUCUGAACUUCGCGGAGCAGUUAAUCAUUUCCUUCAGAAUAACAAAUCACAUUCAAAGAAAGACGAUUCACUGUAUAAGAUUUUAUGUAAGAUGUUGGAUGGUAAUUUGGAUUCACCAUCUGAUAUCUCAGAGUCUAAAGUUUGGUUUGCCUUGUAUCAUCCAAAGGUAGUAAAUAUUUGUAAAUAAGUUUUUUAAUACUUUUUUUACAUUAAACAAAAUAGUACCAAAAAAAAAAAAGACAAAAAAAAAAAAAACACAGGAAAUGUCUUCUUCAUCUUGCUGCUCCACUAUCCCAGCAUCUCUGCACAAAACCUGUUCAAAUCAGUUUCAAUUUUCCCUUCGGUCCCUCAAAACCUCACUCAAUCUCAUCGAUACACACCCCAUACGAAUCUGAGUCCCACUCAAAACGACAAAUACAACACAACCUGCAAAGAAACUCUCAUCCUUCACCUCAACGCUCAACCACAACUCACCCUCAACAGCAAUAAUCGAACCUACAGCCUCACCAACAAACACACGAAACUUCACCUCCCUCAAACACAUCGCACCACGCCACUCUACAGUAGUCACACACGAACUGCACACAAAACGCAUAGAAAUCCAGAAGCGAGAAGGUCGACGAAGAAGAAAAGAGUCAAGGGCGCUUACCUGAAGGUGUUGAAUCCGCUCCAUCGAGGGUAUCUCCGACGUAACCUCAUCUCUAUUUUUGUAACUUGCUUCCGUUUUGCCCGAUAAUUAUUGUAAUAUGUAAUCUGAAUCAAUAUUGAAAGAUCGGGGAUUUAGGAUUUUUGUGGGAUAAGGGUUUCAUUGCUUGUUGCUUGCAUUCGUUGAUUGAACAUCGGGUUUCAUUGCUUGUUGCUUGCAUUCGUUGAUUGAACAUCGUGAGAGAAAGCAAGAUGAAUGAGUGAAACCUUGAGAACAGAGAGUGAUGAGCGGCGAGAGCAUUUCGUUGUCGUUGUUGUUCGUUCAUGUACUAAAAGAGAGCAUUUCGUUGUUGCUGCUAAAGAGUCGACAGAUCUUCAUAUCUUAAUUGGUUUCGGUUGUCCCUUAUUGCCUUAAUCAUUCUUGUCCAGUUCUAAAGAUGAAUACUGCCAGCAGGCUUUGCUGUCCUUGAUAGAAAAGGUCCCCAUAAAUGAUUCUGUUCAUCACGUGGUCACCAAAAUCCUAUCAACUUGUGUGAAACUAUCCCAAAAAGUUGACGACUCAAUAUCUUUGAUGUCAGCUGGAUGGGCAAAAAAGAUUCUGAUAAUUGUUAAUACAAAGUAUCCGUCUGAACUCCGUGGAGCAGUUAAUCAUUUCAUUCUGAAUAACAAAUCACAUUCAAAGAAAGACGAUUCACUGUAUAAGAUUUUAUGUAAGAUGUUGGAUGGUAAUUUGGAUUCACCAUCUGAUAUCUCAGAGUCUAAAGUUUGGUUUGCCUUGUAUCAUCCAAAGGCUGAUGUUAGACGAACUACACUGCGUGAUAUAAAUUCUUCUGGCAUCAUGAAUAACGAGGCAUUUGUUUCAGAGGGUCUUGUUGACAUUCAAGAAGCCAUUUUGAGACAGCUUGAUGAUAAAGAUCUAACAGUUGUUCAAGCAGCUUUAAAUGUCGAUGGCUUGCAAAAUGUACUAGGUGCUUCUAAGCUUAUUGAGACACUGGCAAGCUGCUGUCUGGAGGAUUUAUUUCCUGCACUUGUUUUUUUGUGCCAUAGUGCUAACAGUGAUGUACAAAGUGCAACUAAAGAGGCUUUAAUGCACAUAGAUAUAGAUUUCUCAACUGUUGGCCACAUACUUGAUCUCAUACUUGCACCAAAAUGUGGCCCAGUUAGGUCAGCAGAUGAAAAGACUAUAAAGAGACAGAAAUUGACAACAGAUCAAGAAGCAGAACUUCCCACUAAUGACAUAUGCACAAUAGAUGAUCCAGUCUACCUUCUUAGUUCCCUUCUUGACGUUUUGUUACUGAAGAAAGGCAUAACAAACAGGCAUAUUCUUUUAGACCCCUUAUUUAAACUUCUUAGCAAGGUAUUUUCAGAAGAAUGGGUAAAUGGUACUCUUUCCCUUGAGGAAGGAUCAAGCCAACCAUCAUCAAGUCCUUUUGAAUCCGUAAAUCAUAUUCAACAGACUCUAUUGAUUAUCCUGGAGGAUAUAAUCAUGUCUCCUAAAGGCAUAGCUGCGCUGAAUGAAAAAAUGACGAAUAAGAUUAACAUUACGCUACUGAUUGAGUGUGCCCGGACUACCAAUGUUUUAGUCAUCAGCAACCAUAUAUUUUCUCUGCUUUCUGCUGUUAUUAAAGUCUUGCCAGAAAAAGUCUUCGAGCAUAUACUUGAUAUUCUUCCGGUUAUUGGUGAAUCAGCUGUUACACAGAUAACAGUCAUUCAAAGCAUGUUUUUGAGGAUCUCGUAUCUGCAAUUGUUCCUUGUUGGCUGUCUAAGAUGACGUGGAGAAGUUACUGAAGGUUGGUAUUUCAUGACAAUACUUCUGGGCCUUUAUAUCUCUCCCUCAUAAGGUAAACAUCGAUGGUCAACUUUUUCAAGGGGCUCACGACAAUGAGGUAAUACUUUUAUUUUUGUUUUAUGCUAUAACAUACUACUCCCAUACAUAUAUAAUAUUGAUCUUAAGUGUUACUAUUCUGUUUCAGUCUUAAUCAUUCUGGCAAGUAUGAACUUAUUGCUUUUCCGAAUAUUUGAUUGAUUGCUUUGAUUUAUAAAUUGAAUUGUUGAAUUGAUGAUGAAAAUUCUUGGAUAAAAUUGUGCACGUAAGGUGUUUGUUUUAAUUCUUGACAUCGUUUUCUUUCUUAUGACAUAGAGUUUUUUUUUACGUAAAGCUAACUUCCAAGACUUGCAGUAUUAUGUGAUAGUGGAUUUUGGAUAUUGUGAACGUAAUAAAUAGAUCUUGUGUCAUUUAGCUUGUGUUCAAUUGUUGAUUUCAUAUCCGGAUUGAUUUGCUUUACGUAAUGUCGACAUGUCGAGACUUUGUUGUUUGUGUUGCUAAUUGUUGAAAAAAUUAAACAAGUUGAGAUGAUGCUCAUGAGAUUGAUUCUUUUUUUUUUCUCUUCACGAUACUCGAAUCUAGUUGGCGAUAAUUGUUAAUCAUGUAGAGUUGUUGUUGGUGUGAGUCAUGGGAGAUUCUUUCGCGAGAAUUCAUGUUGAUGAUAAUGUUUGAUGGGAACUAGUUGUUGGCUUGGGAUUCUUUUUAUGAUUAAUUGAUGAUAUGAACUUUGAUUAAUUGAAAGUUGCUGAAUUUGGAUUAAUAAUACAAACUGUUCAUUUUUUAUGACAUUUUGGUAAUGCUGACAUUUUUGAUGACAUUUAGUUGUGCUAAUGCUGGAAAAUGUGAUGAUGUUUUGGUGGAGUUUUGAUGACAUUUUGGUGUUACUUUGCUGAAUUUUGAAUGUUGCAUAAAAUGGUAUUAACAUGAGUGCAUGAUUGCUGAAAAUUUUGAGUGAUAAUUGUUGGUGCUUGAUGUAAAAAUGGAUGAAAAUGGUGGAUUAAAAAGGAUAGUAAAUUUUUGCUUGAGGACUUGUUUUGAUGUUUAUUUGUUGAAUAAUGGUGAUAAUGGCAUUGUUUUUAAUUGUUGGUUAAUUACAUGAGUUUGAAACAUAAUUGUUCAGCUUUAAUUGGUAGUAUAAUCUAUUUUUUGUUGCCAUGAGCUUGUGUUGUUGUGAAAAUUGACAAAAUAUUGUAAAGCGCUUUGCUAUCAUUUGUUACAUUUUCAAACUUUGUGCUAUUUCUUACUUGAUGGAUUGUCAUAAAUAUAUACUUUGAUGCAUAAUUUUAUGAAAAUUUGGUAGCUAGUGCUCACUUUAAAACUAUAUCAUGAACCAAGUUCAACUUAUGGAAUUUUGUGUGUUCUUUGAAUCAAUUGUUGUAAAGCAUGAUCUUGAGUUUGAAUGUAUUUCUUUGGUUUAUUUGGGACUGUCAUGGUAUUGAUAUUAUGCAAAAAAAAUUGUUAGUUCCACUUACACUACAUUUCGAUAUUCACAACUCAUGAAAAGUAUCCAUAACUUUUGAUCUAUGAUGAGUUUUUGAGUAUACGAAUAAUGUUUUAGAUUAGAUUUAUGCUACCUGGAGUCCCACUUUUUGAUUAGAUUUAUGAUAUUAUGGUUUUUGUUGAUUUUUAGUGAUUUUGUGAUUUGGAUGAUUGUGUUAUUCAUGAUUUUACUCAUUAUUUUUAUUAAAUUACAAAGGUCAAUGCUGUCCUACGAGCUAACAUGGCCAAGUAUUGACCUUCAUUUACUAUGCUUAACGAUCAUUUCUGAAAUCAUCAGUGGGUAAAGCAUGGAUCAUGUGGGGAAUGGGGAUCAAGGUACAUACAUGAAACAUUGACAUUGUUUAAUACAAUAAAUCUCUUACUAUUCUGGUAACCUAUAUACUAAAGAAGACUCUAGCAGAGCCAUAGGUAAUACAUACGCCCCUUAUUUUGGGGAGCGUAAAUAAUUAUUGUAGAAAUGGAUUGCAUAGACGAUCAUUUAGUCUGUGUAUUAAUUUGUAGACCUCUAGGUGAUUUUUAUCACUUUAUAGAUUAUCUCACAAGGGCAAUUGUCCAACUGAGUUUCAAUAUAUCACAUAUGUAAACCCAACACGACCGAAUCGUGCUUCUAAUUCAAACAAACUUAAGCUCCUCGACGAGUGAAACAUCGUACUACAGACUCUAACUUUAAGACACCUCUAGAAGUAAAAAGUCUUGCUAUUAGGUUCAACAUCAAGGCUCUUCGAGCAGUCAAAUAUUAUCCAUCAAAAUGCAACAUUACGGCACCUUGAGCAUCACUCAAGAGUCCAACUAUAAAAUCCGACGGGAAGUCUCCUCAACCAGUCAAGCAUCUUCUUAAAAAAUCCAGCAUUAUGGCACCUCAACCAAGCAUCUUCCUAAAAAAUGUAGUAUUAAGGCACCUUGUCGUUUAGUGACAAUAAUAUUCAUUGUCUUAAUAUUGUGUAUGGCAAAAUUGCAACAAAAUGAAAUUAAAUUUAAAGGUUAGUAUAUCACUUAAUCCAUUUUAUUUUAUAUUUUCAUAGUUGGUCUGACCCUUUAGCGUUGUACUCUAAUAUUAUUUGCAAUUGUAGCAGCACCGUGUGUGCACCAUUGUGUGUGCAGCACUGUGUGUGCAGUGAAGUUGAUCUUAGGCCUAAUAUGAGCAUUGUUGUGAAGGUUCCCACACCUGCGCCAGAAGUUAUAGAGCCACUCUCCAACAUUGAAUUUAUAUUAGGGAUGCUCGGUGGAUAUUCUUCUGGAUAUUUUUCUGAUAUAUGUUAGUUUUUAGUUUAUGAAUCAAUGCAUAAUCCCCAUAAAAGUCUAAUUCAUACUGUGUAUAUUGUGUUUUAAGAAGACCACAAAUUGCAUUUCGUAUAUCAAACCACACAUGACUAGUCAUCUCCACUAUGCAACCUCAAUUCAGUGGGUGGUUUGACUAGUCAUGUGUGGUUUGACUGUACGCAAUGCAAUUUGUGGUCUUCUUACACAAUAUACACAGUUUGAAAUACUUUUAUGAGGAUUAACACUGAUUCACAUACUAACAUAUAUCAGACGAAUAUCCAAAAGAAUAUCCACCGAGCAUCCCUAAUAUAAAUCCAAUGUUGGAGAGUGACUCUAUAACUUCUGGCGCAAGUGUGGGAGCCUUCACAAUAAUGCUCAUAUUAGGCCUAAGAUUAGCUUCACACAGUGCUGUUUCACCCUGCACACACAGUGCUACUACAACUGCAAAUAGUAGAGUGCAGAGUUAAACGGCCAAACCAACUAUGAAAAUAUAAAAUGGAUUGAGUUAUAUACUAACCUUUAAUUUCAUUUUGUUGCAAUUUUGCCACACAGCAUUAAGACAAUGAAUAUUAUUGUCACUAAAUGACGAGGUGCCUUAAUGCUUGAUUUUUUUAGAAGAUGCUUACUGGUUGAGCAGAUUUUACGUUGGAUUUUAUAGUUAGACUCUUGACUGCUGCUCAAGAUGCUGUAAUGUUGCAUUUUGAUGGACAAUAUUUGACAGCUCGAAGAGCAUUGAUGUUGGACUUAUAGCAAGAUUUUUUACUUCUAGAGGUGCCUUAAUGUUGGAGUCUGUAGUACGAUGUUUCACUCGUCGAGGAGCUUAAGUUUGUUUGAAUUAGAAGCACGACUCGGUGGUGGUGGAUUUACAUAUGUGAUGUAAUGAAACUUAGUUGGACAAUUGCCCUUGUGGGGCAAUCUAUAAAGUGAUAAAAAUUACCUAGAGGUCUACAAAUUAAUACACAGACUAAAUGAUCGUCUAUGCAAUCCACUUCUACAACAAUUCUUUUCGCUUCCCCCAAAAUAGGGGCGUAUGGUAUUACCUAUGGCUCUGCUAAAGUCUUCUUUAAUAUAGGUUACCAGAACAUGUUUGUCACUUGGAAAUAUUCCAUGUUGCCCAAGUACUUCAAAGAGAUUUACUGCAUUAGAAAACGCCAAUGUUUCAUGUAUGUACCUUGAUCAUCGCCACACGACGAAUGUUUUACCCACUAAUUAUUCUAGAAAUGAUCGUUAAGCAUGAUAUAUGAAGGCUAAUACUUGAUCAUGUUAGCUCAUAGAGCAACAUUGACAUUUGUAACAUAAGAAAAAUAAUGAGUAACAACAUGAAUAACACAAUCAUCCAAAUCACAUAAACUCAACAAAAACUCUAAUAUCAUAAAUCUAAUCACCCAAAUUAAAAAGUGAGACUCCAGGUAGUAUAAAUCUAACCAGCAACCUCGACUAUUAGCAGCUCCAGAAAUAUUAUUACAUAUGGAAAAUAUUAUUGGCAUGCUUAAAAACUCCUCAUAGAUAAAAAGUUAUGGCCAAUUUGGUAAAGCCAACACUAUGCGCGUAAGAGUCAAAAUCAAGCAAGACGCGAUGAAUAAGCAACACAGAAAAUUUCCAGCAACUCAAUAUCAAUUAGUAUCAUAAGGAAACGAACAUUUUAUAAUUUAGAAUCAACAAACAACCAAAAUGAACAAGUCCUAUGUUUAAAAAGCAACAAAUUUGAUACUUUUCAUGAGUUGUGAAGAUGAAAAUGUAGUGUAAGUGGAACUAACAAAAUUUUUGCAUAAUAUCAAUAUCAUGACAGUCUCAAAUAAGACAAAAACACAUUCAAACUCAAGAUCAUGCUUCACAACAGUUGAUUCAAAGAGCACACAAAAUUCUAUAAGUUGAACUUGGUUCAUGAUAUAGUUUACAAGUGAGCACUAGCAACCAAAUUUUUAUAAAAUUAUGAAUCAAAAUAUAUGUUUAUGACAAGUAAGAAAUAACACCAAGUUUGAAAAUGUAACAAAUGUUAGCAAAACUCUUUCCAAUAUUUUGUCAAUUUUCACAACAAACAAGCUCAUGGCAACAAAAAAUAGAUUAUACUACCAAUUAAAGUUGAACAAUUAUGUUUCCAACUCAUGUAAUCAACCUACAAUUAAGAACAUAGCCAUUGUCACCAUUAUUCAACUAAUGAACAUCAAAACAAGUCCUCAAGCAAAAAUUCAGCAUUACUAUCCUUUUUAAUCCACCAUUUUUAUGUCAAGCACCAACAACUAUCACUCAAAAUUUUCAGCAAUCAUGCACUCAUGUUAAUACCAUUUUAUGCACCUUUAGAGUACCAAAACAUCAUCAAAUUUUCCAGCAUUAACACAUCAAGUAUGUUUUAUCACAACAAUAAUGUUAUCAACAAAAUCCACUCUAUUAUUACUGAACACAAACAAUUAUUAUUGUCAUAAACACAACAAAACAUGCUUCCAUCUUAAAGUAGUAUUUAGUGACAAAACUUCACACAGUACGACAAGUGUAUCACAACGAAAUGCAAUAAGAGCAUGCACAAAGAUAACCAACCAAUCACACCACAAGAGGAGAACAUGUCUUCAUCAAUUCAUGUUUCAAUUAGCUAAGUAUCUCAACAUGUGAUAUAAUCAAUCAAAUAGAAUUCAACAAUCUUGUCAAAGCAUGUUAUCUCCAUACAGUUCAGCAACAUUCAAUUAAUCAAAGUCCAUAUCAUCAAUCAAUUAAUCAUAAAAAGAAUCCCAAGCCAACAACUGGGUCUCAUCAACAUGAAUUCUCGCGGAAGAAUCUCCCAUGACUCACAUCAACAACAACUCUACAUGAUUAACAAUUAUUAGCAACUAGAUUCGAGUAUCGUGAAGAGAAAAAAAAAGAAUCAAUUUCAUGAACAUCAUCUCAACUUGUUUAAUUUUUUCAAUAAUUAGCAACACAAGCAACAAAGUCUCGACAUGUCAACAAUUGAAAACAUGAUCUAUUUAUUACGUUCACAAUAUCCAGAAUCCACUAUCACAUAAUACUGCAAGUUUUGGAAGUUAGCUUUACGUCAAAAAUUAAAACAAACAUCUUACGUGCACAAUUUUAUUCAAGAAUCUUCAUCAAUUCAAUUUAUAAAUCAAAGCAAUCAAUCAAAUAUUCAGCAAAACAAUAAGUUCAUACUUGCUAGAACGAUUAAGACUGACACGGAAUGGUAACACUGAAGAUCAAUAUUAUUUAUGUAUGAGAGUAGUAUGGUGUAGCAUAAAACAGAAAUAAAAGUAUUACCUCAUUGCCGCGAGCCCCUUGGAAAAGUCUGCAGGUUGAGAAGGGUAAUGGAGUUCCUUCGGCCAUUAUCCAUGUAGAUGAAAAUGAUUCUCCACUGGGGGGGAAUAAUGCAAGCCAAAUCCCGGCAAAAAGUGGGACUCCAUAUUUGAACCAAAAUAUAGUGAUUAAAAGCUUUGCUAACAGAAAAGACUAGCGAAAGAACUAUGAGAAACAAAAUGAAAUAGAAAACACACGAUUCAAAGGCAACAUGUUCUUAGAGCUUUUUAAAUCAUUGGGCCAUUUGAGCCUCCUAGCCUUUUAUUUCUUUUCUAGGAUCGUUUUUGUUAAUUAUAUUAUUUAAAUGAAUUCUUAAAAUAAAUCCAUGUAUUAUGAUUCUACCUACAAUUGAGAAUGUAUUUCACUGACAAAAAAUUUGAUUUUAUAAUUUAAAAUAUCGUUGAAAUACUUGUUAAAAACAUUCGUCUUGAUUCACUCCUUUGAGUUCUAAUUCUAAUAAGAAAAUGGUUUCUAUACUCCAUGCAAUAUUAAUUAUUUUAUCUCAACAAUUUUUUUAAAUUUUUUUGAAAUUAUUAAUAAAAAUAAAAAUGAGAAAUUGAAUUUAGAUAUAAAAUGAGUUAGUGGUGAUUAUUAGAGAGAGAGAGAGAGAGUGAAAUAUGAAAUGAAUAAAUAGUGAAAUACGAAGAAAAAAAAAAGAAUAAUUAACAUAUAUCAAUAGAGUUAAGAAAUAAUAAUAUUAGAAAGAAUACUACUAAUUACAAAUAGUUAACAUAUAAUACAUAUUAAUAAAAAAACUAAUUAAUUACGUUAUAGCUAUUUUUUAUUUACUAUAAAUUUUAAUUUUUUUAAUUGAUAAUGAAGU